UUUCCUCUACCGCUCAAACUUCAAACUCACGAAAUGGCAAAGGGACUACGGUCAAAGUCGAUGCGACGCAACAGGGCAAUUAAGCGGGAGACGAUAUUUGGACCCGCAGAAACCGCCCGAUUGGAGCGUCUCGUUCAGAAAAAAGCAGCAACGGAGGCCGCCACUUCUAUCACCACUGAAGCACUCGCAACACAGGAGCCAACGCACCAAGUCGCCGAGACGGUAGACGAACGAGGACGAACACGCGAAACGGAGGAGACUGUGGCGACUAUGGAUGUAGAUAGUGAAGAGAAGACCCAAACAGAGUCAAAACCAAUGACAAAGGCAGAGAAAGAACGACUGUUUAUGAGCAGGAAUGCUUACAAGAAGAAGAUGAAGGCCAGAUCAAAGAGCAUGGCCCGGCAAAAGUUGAAACUGAAGAGACGAUGAAUAUGGCGCUUAGGGUAGAGGCUGGGGGAAUAGAGACGUGGGUGCUUUGGUUGUUUGGGCAGAGGCCGCUGAAUGCGACGCUGUGGCGAAAUGCUUGUGAAUAAUUUUGUAUUGCGCAUGUCCUAUAUAUAUUAUACAUAUACGAAAUGAGUUCUAC